AUGGAUCUCGACGACUUCGACGCCGCCAUUGCUCAAUUGCCUCUCAAAGAGGAGCCCACUCUCUCUACCCAGAGCGCAAAGGCCGCCGUGAACUACCUUGACUCGCAAUGGUACUCCCUGGUCAAUAGGCGGGGGCGUUGGAUGGACCUGAUCGGUGACUACGCGGGGAGCGAACCCUUCAUCGUAGAUGGCGAGGCCUUGAUUGCAAUGGUGUUGGAAGACCCUCUGCUCGCGCUGGGCCGCACGCACGACAUCAGCUUUCAGUGUCUACACGUGGUCUAUACUCUCGAAUGCAUGAUCAAACAGAUUUCCAUGCGCUCAGACUCUUUCGACAUUGUCUUCUGGCACGAGCGGCGCUUCCUGACGUUACUGUACGGGGAAAACGACUACGUCACCAGCUCUCGCUCGCUCGCCCGUACUAUCCUCUUCAACCAUCUCGCAUCUAUGAAACUAUUGGUGCAUACCUUCACGGAUCUGCUUGACCCCGCUUGGUUGGCAUAUCAGCGGCUGAGGAAGCCCAUGUUCGUCAUGACAAGCGAUGGGGGUACUGUUAUGGAUUCGUCCCCCAUCGCUGCGGCUGAACGUAUACUACUUCAACGGGUAUUCCUGUACUCGCUUCUGACUCAAGGCGUGUCGGUUGCAAUGUUGCGCGGUGCCGAAUAUCGAGACUCCAAGAUCAUGUCGUUUGUCUACGAACAAGGACUCGACAGCAACCCGAAAAGUCGUUUCAAGAAGACAUUCUGGCUAGCUGUGGAGAUCGCGACCAGUUCGCUCACUGCGCACGAGAAUUGCGCCCGCUCAGAGGUCCCCAUACAUCCUCUCGAACGCCGCAUUGAAUCGGAAGCUUCGGACAAUCCAGCGCUCCUCUUAUUACGGGGUGUCUCGCGAUCCCGGAACCUCCAACGGAAACAUUUUCCUGCCCUCCUCCAAGUCUUCGUCGCACACAUGCUCUUCCUUCCUCAUUUAGACCUACGAGAGCGAGCCAUCCCUGACAUCAUCUUACCAAGUGAACUGGUCGGCCUUCUGACACGCGAUUUCCUUCCUACAGUCUUCCUUGCCCUCGAGAAAAUCGCAUCCGUGUCAGACUUGGAUGGACGCAUCUUCGCUUCCCUCUUGGAUUCUAUUCUCAGAGAUCAUACCACCCCACUUCAGACGCUGAUUGGCUGUGAUCUGUCGAGUGUGUUGGUGAAAUUGUGGGUGGCCCAUCAACUUCCUUCUCCUGACUAUGAUGCUCUCCGUCGCCAAUUCCCUGCCUCGAUCGUCGUCCAGGACGAUAGCGAGACAGAGUCACCUCCCCUCAGCCUUCUGCCCUUCCAUCACCGCCUGUUUGACGAGGAAUUGGCCGCUGUCAAUGUCGAAGCAGAGGCAUUGUCUGACGACGAUGAAGACGACGAGGAAAGUGCCGCUCAUCUGGAGUUCAAUACUGUCUUCAGCGACACGCAGCACUGGCACAACCACAAGCGCGCUAUCCUUCCUCCGUACCUCGGCGGCGGGAACAGCAUGGCGCCAUUGAACGAGUGGCAGAAGAAGCGUCAGUUACGGAGCGAGCAGAGGUUCAUGUCGAAGUUGCAAUGGCACGCGGAGACUCUCACGGGUGCGUUGGGAACCCCCCUGCAGCAGAUGGUCAUCCCGAGCGUCGCGAAGAGGAAGUCCCGGCCAACUAAUUCUUCGAGAAUCGAGGAAUCCAAGCCAACGACGCCCACUAGAAGCGGCUCUGGUAAGAAGGGAAAAGAGACGCUUUCCUCUGCAGACAAGAUUCAUCUAGCCUAUUGGGCUCAGAAGCAAGCCAAAGAGGACGGGUCUAACGUUGCCUGGUGGCAGGAACAGCUGGCAGUCAUCGAGAACUCCUCCUCCUCCGCCGCCUCCUCGUCGUCGAAGAUCACCGCUCUCGAGCAUCUGAUGCGCAACAAGCGCACGUACCAUGGCUGGCUGUCCGUCGAGUCUCGCCUCUAUCGCAUUCACCUCGAGUUCUGCCGCUGGCUGGAGGUUCCCGAUCAUGAAUCAGCUUCCGUACGGGACCGCUUCACCGUCUCCAUCAUGUGCAUGGUGAAGGACCUCUAUGAGUCCGAGGAUCUUUUCCCCACCGCUGCCGCGAAACUCGCCGCUUGUCUUAUAUGCCUUGGCUUAAACGACUACAUCCAAGCCUUCGAGAGCGCGGCCACGGUUUCGGCGGAGGACCGCAAGUUGCACUUCAGCUUCGUGAAGCUCGUUAAGUCAAAGGGCGUUUGGCACCCUGUACACAAGUGGAUGCGCAUCACAGAGGACCCGGUAGUAUGGCAGCUGAGGCUCUUCGGUGACUUCAUGGAUCGGAGCAUGGACAGUGCGAGAGACCCGCGUGUGUCGUUCAAGGCAGAUGCUUGGCAACGGAAGGUGUUGGAUUGUUUGGAUCAGAACGAAUCGGUCCUCGUCGUUGCGCCGACGAGUGCGGGUAAAACGUUCAUCUCGUUCUACGCCAUGGAGAAGCUCCUGAGGUCCUCGAAUGAUGAUAUCGUCGUCUACGUAGCUCCCACCAAGGCACUCGUUAGCCAGAUCGCCGCCGAAGUGUUCGCUCGAUUCAGAAAGGACCUUGGGGGCAGGGCGUUCUGGGCCAUCCAUACCAGGGACUACCGGAUGCACAAUCCGCAAAACUGCCAGAUCUUGGUGACUGUUCCAGAGAUCCUGGCGACUAUGCUUCUCUCGCCUCCUCUCGCGAGAUCUUGGACUCCGAGGAUCAAGCGCAUCAUUCUGGACGAGAUCCACACCAUUGGUCAGCAAGAAGGCGGCGCGGUCUGGGAGCAAAUCAUUCUACUUGCUCCUUGUCCCCUACUUGGUCUUUCUGCUACCAUCGGAGAACCGGAGAAAUUCAACGUGUGGCUAGCAUCCGUACAAGAGGCUCACGGCUUCAAGCACACGUUCAUCCAGCAUCCGCACAGGUACUCGCACCUUCGCAAGUUCACAUACCUCAUAGAGCCCAAGGAGAAGCCUGCGGAGUUCCAGGGUCUGCAAGAGUAUCGGAAGAGCGACCGCUUGCGCUUCAUUCACCCAAUCUCAAUGCUCUCAUUCGGUGCACGUCAUCUUCCUCCCGACUUCUCUCUCGAAGCAGGUGACUGCUUGUCCCUGUACCAUGCACUCGAAUCGGUUCGGGACAGGCUUCACUUCAAUGUUGGCUCACUGGACCCGACGCCGUUCUUCGCUGACUUGAAGGGUGUUCUGCUGAAGCAGAGGGACAUUUUGCGCUACGAGGCUGUUCUGACGGGUCAUGUGUCAGAAUUGAUCGAGUCGACAGACCCUCUAGAUCAAGACUCGGUCCUCAAUCAGGUCAUUCGCCACGUAUCCGACCCCGUCAUCGUCAAGGUCAAUCAGCGGUUCAUCCCAGAUGCGGACGCAUUCUUCCGAAACUUGAUCGGGCUCGUCUCAGACCUGCAUAUCAAUGGAGAUUUGCCCGCGCUCCUUUUCCACUUCGACCGCAAGGUCUGUGAAAAGAUGGCCGAGACCAUUCUCGAGGUUUUGGCCGGAGCCGAGGCGAAGUGGCGUGAGACGAGCCCAGAGUGGAGAAGGAAGAUCACGCAAUGGAAAUUCUGGGUCUCCAAGUCGAAGGAGCGCGAACGCCAGGCAGAGCGGCUGAAGAAGGUGAAGAAAGAGAAGGACGAGGCGAAUGCUACUCCCGAGACGCAGCCAGAACAGGGCUGGGAAGCGUCCUUCAAUCCGGACGAUCCCUCGCCACAGUUCUCUUUCGCGGGCAUGUCGCCGGCGUUCACGAAGGAGGACCUCGACGACGAGAUCCGCAGCCUAGCGAGGUGGAGGUCCGCUCCCGAAUGGGCUCUCAAGUGCCUGCAAAGGGGGAUAGGCGUACACCAUUCUGGAAUGAACAAGCAUUACCGAACUCUCGUUGAGAGUUUGUAUCGCGCAGGAUAUCUUCGAGUGGUGAUCGCAACAGGCACACUUGCUCUCGGUAUCAACGCUCCGACGAAGACUUCCGUGUUCUGCGGCGAUUCUCCCUUUCUCACUGCCCUCAUGUAUCGUCAGUGUGCAGGCCGUGCCGGUAGGAGAGGUUUCGAUCUCCUCGGCAAAAUUGUCUUCUACGGCCUUCCCAUGGACCGAUGCCAGCGACUCGUACUCUCGAAGCUUCCUUCACUUGGCGGCAACUUCCCGCUCACGUCGACUAUGGUCCUGCGGCUCUUCAAUCUGCUGCAAGGGUCCAACGACGCUCCAGUUGCCCGAAAUGCUAUCAAGUCUCUCCUCCACCUUCCACACGUUAGCUUCGUCUCUGAUGUUGGCCGGGAGCAAAUUCUCCACCAUAUUCGGUUCAGCAUUGACUACCUCCGUCGUUCUGGCCUGCUCGAUGAACGAGGAAACCCUAUCAACCUCUUCGGCGUUGCUGCCUACCUGUACUACACAGAACCAAGCAACCUCGCUCUCGUGGCUCUCCUGCGGCAUGGCGUCCUUCAUCGUAUUUGCAAUCAAAGGAGCCUUAUCAGAGCAAAGCGCGAUCUUAUGAUACUCCUUUCACAUCUCUUCGGUCGUCGAUACCUCCCUCAUACAUAUGCCUCUCGUGAAUUCUUGCAGACAAUUGUCAAGAAGUCUCCCUCUAUGGUCGUUCUCCCUCCUUUGUCCAAAGACGCUCGCAGUGUUCUACUUGAACACGAGAACCAUAUCAAGGGUAUCUUCACUGGAUAUGCCCUAGCUUACGUGUCCCGCCAUGCGGAAGAGCUUGGCCGGGAUUUGCAACUACCGUUCAGCAAACGAGCGAUCUGUCCUGUGUCCUCGACCGCCCCUUCCGCACCAUUCACUGAUAAACUCCGCAGCACUGCAAUCGCAUCUGUCGCCCGCUCGCCCUUCGUCGCCACGUCCGGUCAUGGAGAUAACUUCCGCUCUGUGAAAGAGCUCUGUGACACAUCCAGGCAGGCACUAUACCUGAACGAAUAUGCGAUCCCGUCCAUGUGCCAGUUCACCGCAAUUCCCGGAGAGGAUAGCAAGGAGUUCGCGCUGAACGCAUAUCUACUGGAUUUCUAUAUCCACCGACAGACAGCUGCACUGAAUGCCGCGAAUGGUCUCCGCGAUGGGGAGAUGUGGUAUGUCCUGCAGGACUUUUCUCUCACGCUCAAGUCCAUCCGCGGCGGCUUGUUCCAGUUGCUUCAGAAGGCGAGCGACAGCGGGAGUGGGGAAGACGAUGCGGUCUCGGAGGUGGACAGCGGAUUCGCGAACAUGACACGAGCAGAGAGGGAUCCUGACCUCGAUGGUUCGGAGCAUGGUUCUGUCAAGCCACCCGCGGGUGUAUCGGAUAGGGAUUGGAAAGUCUACGAGGUCCUGGAUGCGCUGACAGCUGAGUUUCACGAGAAGUUUCACAAGAUAUGGGCUUAA